AUGAAGACGACGACCGCCGGCGCCGGAGCUCAGCAGGCAAACGCCUCCGCCUCCGCCUCCACCUCCGCUUCCACCUCCGCUGCUGAAGCGGAAGCUGAGAAGAAGAAUAUAAACAGCGAGCUAUGGCAAGCGUGCGCAGGCCCUCUGGUAAACCUACCGGCGGCCGGGACCCACGUCGUCUAUUUCCCUCAAGGCCACAGUGAACAGGUUGCAGCAUCUAUGAAAAAGGAUGUUGAUGCUCAAAUCCCAAACUACACAAAUCUACCCUCGAAACUGUUGUGCCUCCUUCACACAGUCACCCUGCACGCUGAUCCAGAAACGGAUGAAGUAUAUGCUCGGAUGACCCUCCAGCCAGUGUCCUCGUUUGACAAGGAUGCUUUACUGAGGUCGGAUUUGUCAAUCAAAGUUCACAAGCCCCAGACAGAGUUUUUCUGCAAAACCCUGACGGCAAGUGAUACCAGCACUCAUGGGGGUUUUUCCGUGCCUCGUCGUGCAGCAGAAAAGAUUUUCCCUCCACUGGACUUCACAAUGCAACCGCCUGCGCAAGAGCUUGUGGCCAGAGAUUUGCACGAUAAUGUAUGGACUUUUCGUCAUAUUUACCGCGGCCAACCCAAACGUCACUUGCUUACGACCGGGUGGAGCCUUUUUGUCAGUGGAAAGAGACUAUUUGCUGGCGACUCAGUUUUAUUCAUUAGGGACGAAAAGCAGCAGCUCCUUUUGGGCAUAAGACGGGCCAACAGGCAGCCGACCAACUUAUCAUCAUCCGUUUUGUCUAGUGAUAGCAUGCACAUUGGCAUUCUAGCGGCAGCUGCCCAUGCCGCUGCCAACAACAGCCCUUUCACCGUGUUUUAUAACCCAAGGUUGGCUAGCCCGUCGGAAUUUGUCAUCCCUCUUGCCAAGUGCUACAAAGCUACUAGCAGUAACCAGAUAUCUCUUGGCAUGCGCUUUCGCAUGAUGUUUGAAACUGAAGAAUCUGGAACGAGAAGAUAUAUGGGUACGGUUACGGGAAUCAGCGACUUGGAUCCAGUCCGGUGGAAAAACUCUCAAUGGCGCAACUUACAAGUCGGGUGGGAUGAGUCAACAGCUGGUGAAAAGCGUACCCGUGUCUCCAUCUGGGAGAUUGAACCCGUAACUGCCCCAUUUUUCAUUUGUCCCACACCAUCUUUCUUCUUCCCUAAGCGUCCAAGACAACCAGGAAUGCCAGAUAACGACCUUACUGAUCUCGACAGCAUAUUCAAGCGUACAAUGCCGUGGAUUGGGGACGACUAUGGCUUCAAAGACCCACGAGCACUCCCAGGCCUCAGCCUAGCUCAGUGGAUGAACAUGCAGCAGAACACGUCCCUCACUAACCCCAUGCAACCCAACUACAUGAGCUCACUGCCCAGCUCGGUCUUACAAAACUUGGCCGGCACAGAUAUCUCACGCCAACUAGGCCUGUCGGCAGCUCAAAUGCCACCUCAGCAGAGCAACAUGCAGUUCAAUUCUCAAAUGCCAAGUCAACCAACACAACAACUGGACCAACUCCAGAAGCUGCAACCUUCUUUAACAAACCCGCUAGGCUCAAUCGUGCAACCGCAUCAACAGAAGUUGACUGAUAUAAGUCAACCAAAACAGACUUUAACCAGUCAAACUUUGCCCACUGGCCAAGGGCCGUCCCAGAUUCUACCCUCGUCGAGCAGUAGUUCUAUUACAGCUCCGAAUGUUUUUCAACACCCACAAUCACAUAUAAGCCACCAGCAGCUUCAGAAAAAUCUUCCCCAAAAUCAGCCCGUACAACCGCCAAAUCUAAUGCCAGCACAGAUGUCAGAUCCAACGGGCCAGCGGCUGCAUAUGCCAGAAAAUCAAUUAUCGAUGCAGCUUCUUCAGAUGCUCCAUACGCAGCAACAGUCACUCUUAGCACAGCAAUCAGUUAUGCCACAGCCCAGUCCCGAGCUUUUGCAGUUUCAUGAUAAUCAAAAGCUUCAGCUUUUGGACAUUCCACAAAACUUCCGGAGGCCUACUACGCCGUCUAGUAAAACUUUGGACCCAUCUCAAGGAACAGCUACACCGACAUCUGUUAUGGUCCCGCAGUGCCAGGUUUUGUCCCAGCAGACAAUGAGAAACAACAGCCAGAAUAAUCUUCGGCACGUGCUUCCCUCCACUCUGAGCCCAGUCGGCAGUCGCCAGUUUUCUGCCACUGCCACCGACGAUGUCCCGUCCUGUUCAACGUCGCCGUCCACAAACAACUGUCCAAAUAAUGUGCAGUCAAUGAUGAGCGCCCGACACCAACGUGCUUCAAUUUUGGAGGAAGAAGUUCCUCAUUCUUCGGUUCCAUUAUUGAGUCCAAGCGCUUUAGAGACUGUGCCUUCUAACGGGGACACAAUGAACGACUUACAAAGAAAUGCUGGUUAUGUCAAGCCGUCAAUGAAUGUAUCCAAAAAUCAGAGUCCAGGCAUUGUGGACUCUCAAGCAUAUCUCAAUACAAAUGGGGCCCACGUGGACAGCUCUUCCUCUGCGACAUCGGUGCUUUCUCAGAAUGAGGUCCAGAUGUUCAAUUAUCAAUCGAUGUUACCUAGGGAAGCGGGCCCGGACAAUGAAGUCCUGGUUGAUCCGAGAAGCAACACAGAUAGCCAGCUGGAGAUGCCCAUGAUUUCUGAGAACAUGAUGGCCAAGAACGUGGUGGAGCCCUACAGGGACUUGCAGACGGCUAAUAGGGCGCCGUCCGGUGGGGACUUGUUCUCAAGCCAGAAGGAGAGGCAGGCUGAGCUGUCGACUUCUAUGGUUUCACAGUCGUUUGGGGUUUCAGAUAUGGCCUUUAACUCCGUUGACUCGUCGAUCAACAAUGGGGGCUUCAUGAGUAGGGGUGCAUGGGCCCCAUCGCAGAUACCACGGAUGCGGACAUAUACCAAGGUGUACAAAAGGGGAGCCGUUGGAAGAUCGAUUGACAUCACUCGUUACUCGGGCUAUGAUGAGCUGAAACAGGAUCUGGCGCUUAGGUUUGGCAUUGAAGGACAACUGGAGGACAGGCAGAGGAUAGGGUGGAAGCUCGUGUAUGUUGAUCAUGAGAAUGAUGUCUUGCUUGUUGGUGAUGAUCCAUGGGAGGAGUUUGUGAACUGUGUACGUUGCAUAAAGAUCCUUUCGCCUCAAGAGGUCCAGCAGAUGAGCUUGGAUGGCGAUUUUGGGAACAAUGUCCUCACGAACCAAGCUGGUAGUAGCUCAGACAACGGCGCGAAUUAG